AUGCGUAUUGAGAAGUGCUGGUUUUGCGGUAGCCCCGUCUACCCCGGUCACGGUAUCGCGUUCGUGCGAAAUGAUGCAAAGGUGUUCCGCUUUUGCCGAUCUAAAUGCCACAAGAACUUCAAGAUGAAGCGCAACCCGCGAAAGCUCAGGUGGACGAAGGCCUUCAGGAGGGCUCACGGCAAGGAGAUGGUGGUGGAUUCUACUCUCGAGUUCGAGAAGCGCCGCAACAGGCCCGUGAAGUACGAUCGGGACCUCGUCAGACACACCCUGCAGGCCAUGAAGCGGGUGGACGAGAUCAAGGGCGCCAGAGAGAAGUCUUUCUACCGCCAGAGGAUGAAGGAGGCGAAGACACAGGAGGCCAAGGCCAACCUGCGCGACCUCCAGAAGUACAAGCAGAACGUCAUCAAGGUCCCCGCGUCGAUCGUCAAGACGCCGACCAAGGUCAAGGUGCUCGCUGCUCCGGCCAAGAUGGAAGUCACCGACAACUAG